AUGAACCGUGCACUAGAGACCAUAUUCCCAGACUUUUCCCGACAUGCUACUGCCAGUAGCAAUUAUUAUUCCUAUCCCGAGGGCUCUCUCAAGUCAAAUUUCAUCUUUCGCAUCGUGUAUAAAGGCCAUGAACCUAUUGAAGAUGGACGUGCAAUUCUCUUCUUUGCUCCUGGACCAGACCCUGAGCCACGUUUUGAAAUUUUCGACCUGAACGCCCCACGGCCGGUGUUUGCCAAGGACGUUAAAAAUGUGCAUCCAGGGGAUUUGAUUGAGUUUGAGAGCACAACGUUCUCGACGCCGAACGCUUUGGGCUUCGUGCCUCAAAACCUGACUGUAUUCACCAACAAAUUGUUCGUUCAAGCGUUGAUUCAUCAUGAUGUGAAUGAUCCGGACGCCAACACGCGAGUGGGGAAUACGUACAGCAUACCAGCGGAAGUGCGCUUUAAAGGCGAUGAAGCUGACACUGUCGUCCAUAUUGUGGUAGACCAGGUUGUCAAGGAGACAAUGGAUCUGACGCCGACCAAGUGGGUGGAGCAUAUCACGAUGAAGAGUGAUCUUCUGAGUAAAUACCAUAAUCAGGACGUGUACAUGAUGGCUUCCAUUGUACUGCCAAAAGACUACGAGGUUUUGAAAAAGUCGUCUUGGUUUCCCACAGUAUACUACAUUGAAGGGUUUACUGGUACUGAGUCGUAUGCAAAGCGUGCCAAGGGCUUUUUGUCAUCCGAGAUGGGACUGGAUUGGCAAGCUGGACGUUGGCCGGCUCCCAUGCUCCGCGUUACGCUCGGAUCGCGCUUCAAGUUUGGCCACACAUCGUUCGCUGACACUGAAGCGAAUGGUCCAUGGGGUACAGCACUAGUGACAGAAUUCAUUCCGUACCUCGAAAGUCUUUAUCCCAUGAUUCCGUCUGCAUCAGGUCGUUUUCUACACGGCCACUCGUCAGGUGCGUGGGCGACACUAUGGUUGCAGCUCCAGUUUCCCGACUUUUUUGGUGGUACAUGGAGUUCGGCUCCUGAUCCUGUUGACUUUUCGCGGUUCCAAGUCGUGAAUAUUUACGAAGCAGAGAAUGCGUAUUGGGACGCUAAUGGCAAUCCAUACCCGACGAGCCGCAACAAUGGACUCACGACGUGCAACAACCGUGAUGAGAAUUUACUGGAGCGAGUAUACGGUCGUGGUAAUGGAGGGCAGUGGGAUGCCUUUUUUGCUUUGUUUAGUCCGCGAGGUGCUGAUGGAAUGCCAAUUCCUCUCUUUGACAAGUUAUCGGGUGACAUAAAUCGUGAUGUUGCAAAGUAUUGGGAACGCUUUGACAUUUGCAAGUUUCUUCAGAAGCGACCUGAGUUACUAGUCACAAAAUUGCGUGGAAAAGUUCAUGUUAUUUGUGGCGUUGAGGACACGUACUACCUAGAUUUUGCUUGCCGAUCAUUGCAAAAACUAGUUGGAGAUAGUGAAAGCAAUGCACAGGAUGGAUCUAUUGUUCCAAAUUACGUGGCAAUCAUACCUGGAGAUCAUACAAGCAUUCGUUCCCGAGCACAUUACAUCCAAGUAUACUCGGAGAUUGCUGCUGUGCACAAACACAAUACGAAAUAG